ACCCGGCACUCGCCUGGAGCGCGCGGGUGAGGCGGGCGGAGCGCACCGCGGCUCUCGGGGGCGCAGAGCAGCGCGCUCGCACCGCUCGGCUCCGUGCGGUUCACGGCGGCGGCGGCGGCGUCUGGGGCGCAGGGCUGAGCCAGCGUCCGGGAAAGGCGAUUGCAGCUUCUGCGCGCGGCCCCGCUCCCUGCCACAACCCCAGACCAGUCACCUCUUCGCCAUGGCUCUGGCGGACAGCACACGUGGAUUACCCAACGGGGGCGGCGGCGGGGGUGGCAGCGGCUCCUCGUCGUCCUCGGCGGAGCCGCCGCUCUUCCCCGAUAUCGUGGAGCUGAACGUGGGGGGCCAGGUGUAUGUGACCCGGCGCUGCACCGUGGUGUCGGUGCCCGACUCGCUGCUCUGGCGCAUGUUCACGCAGCAGCAGCCGCAGGAGCUGGCCCGGGACAGCAAAGGCCGCUUCUUUCUGGACCGAGACGGCUUCCUCUUCCGCUACAUCCUGGAUUACCUGCGGGACUUGCAGCUAGUGCUGCCCGACUACUUCCCUGAGCGCAGCCGGCUGCAGCGCGAGGCCGAGUACUUCGAGCUGCCCGAGCUCGUGCGCCGCCUCGGGGCGCCUCAGCAGCCUGGCCCCGGGCCGCCGCCGCCGCACUCGCGGCGCGGGGUGCAGAAGGAGGGCUCGCUGGGCGACGAGCUGCUGCCGCUCGGCUACGCGGAGCCUGAGCAGCAGGAGGGCUCAUCGGCCGGGGCGCCGUCGCCCACUCUGGAGCUGGCUAGCCGCAGUCCGUCCGGGGGUGCGGCGGGCCCGCUGCUCACGCCGUCCCAGUCGUUGGACGGCAGCCGGCGCUCCGGCUACAUCACCAUCGGCUACCGCGGCUCCUACACUAUCGGGCGCGAUGCGCAGGCGGACGCCAAGUUCCGGCGAGUGGCACGCAUCACCGUGUGCGGCAAGACGUCGCUGGCCAAGGAGGUGUUCGGCGACACCCUGAACGAGAGCCGGGACCCGGACCGUCCUCCCGAGCGCUACACCUCGCGCUAUUACCUCAAGUUCAACUUCCUAGAGCAGGCCUUCGACAAGCUGUCCGAGUCGGGCUUCCACAUGGUGGCGUGCAGUUCCACGGGCACCUGCGCCUUCGCCAGCAGCACCGACCAGAGCGAGGACAAGAUCUGGACCAGCUACACGGAGUACGUCUUCUGCAGGGAGUGAGCUCCCCAGAUCCCCUCGCGACUUCAGCGCGCCCAUCCCCCCUCCUUCCUGCCGAGGAGAGGAUUCUCGAUCUCCCCUCCUACCCCAUGCCCUCCCGUUCCCCUGUCUCCCGCCUUUAGUAGCUGGGCCAGACCGACUCACCCCCUACUUGAGAACCUGCAGCCGCAAAUCCUGUCGGCUUCUUCGUCUUUUUUGGACCCCGCUAACCGAGAGAGAGCCCAGGUGUACCCCCUCCAGUGCUUCCUCUGCCCCCUGACUCAAACCACCCCUCCCCUGGAUUGUCCUUCAGUCUGCAACUAGUGGGACAGUGUGGCCACAACGUCACCAAGUACCUGGUGAUGAUCGAAUUGUUCAGAACCUGAUUGGACUCUGUCCAGUGUGUAGAAGAUUCCUUGAAAUCCCAAGCCCCUUUGACCCAUUCGCGGUUUAAGAGAUCAGAUUGAUAACAUUGGGACUAGUUAGUGUUUUAAAAGGUCAUUAUGUAUAGCCUUUUAGAUCUUCUUUAAAGGUAGAGUUUUAGAGGGCUGGAUGGAAGACUCCGGACCUGGAAUGAGGAUCCCUUGGAGGCGGUUCAGUGACAACAAAUGAGUAAAGUUUUGAGAAGUUCUAUGUGACGUAGGAAAAGAAUCUAGUGCUGGCACAGUGAAGGACUGUAUCUUUUCCGUGCACAAUGAAAGGUCUUUGCCUGUGGCUUAAACUUGUAGAAAGUUACCCUCCUGCCUGAGGAGGCAUCCUUUCUCCUUGGCUCACCGCCGGAAGCCCUCAGUUCGACUGGUUGACAUGGCCGCCGUUAUCGGCAAGAGGGAGAAAGCGUGUUGACGCUGACAAGGGCGAGACAGCGCAGGUCGCCGAGCACUGUGCGAAGUCACCUGGCAGUGACUGUAAACGGAGCUGGGUAGUAAUGCACGCCGUGGGUAUUAGGAGAGCCCGUAUUCUUGCAGUGAAUGGCAGUAGGACCUUAGCUCUUAAGACUUGGGGGGAGGGAUGGGGAGGGAGGAAGGAGGGGUGAAGGGGUGGGAAGGGAGGAGCAGACAUACUCACUUAUUAUUUGAAAGUUGGAAGUUUGUGCCAUCCGUUUGAGUACACGUACAUUUAAGAAGUAGUACACAAAAACGUGCAAAGCAUUUUGUAAAGAUUAAUAACAGAUCGACUCUUAUCUGGCAGUUUAUUGAACUGUUUUGAGUCCUAAACUUAGAAGUUAUUGAUACUUAUAUAACCUAACCAAAGAGUUACCCAGUAGUUUUUGAACUUUAGGUUUUUUUGAACUUUAUUUUCUUGUUGGCUAUAAAUCUUGAUUUUAAAAUCUAUUAAUGAGCAAACUAAGUUUGAUUUUGGUUACUUAAACUUAAGAUCUCUUCUUAAAAAUUCUUAUUUUCUUCAAGCCUAGCCAGUGAUGACUCCUGGGCAAACCGAGAACCUGAAAAUGCCACUUCUCACCUACAGAUUGUUUGAUAUUAAGGUGGAAUCUUUUUGAGUGCCAGCUGCAGAGAAAAAGAAGCACCAAGGGCUGCCCAUCUGUAGAUAGCUAUACAAUGAAAUGUUUUUAAACGGAGGCAAAAAAGUAAUCACAAGUGGGUUGAGCAAUAAAAUAGUGUUUUAGGUAAAUGCAAGAGAAACAGAAGGAGACCCGGUUGCCUUAUACCUUUACUCUAAUGAGGAAUAAAUUCCCACUGCUUAUCCUGUCUACACCAUAGGUGAAGGGAAGUGAAUCCUUGUCUUUCAUGCUGUGAGGCUCCUUUGGAUAUUCUGUGAUGACGGAGAAGCCUUUUCCUUUUCAUUUGUUUUAGCAGUUUUCUCUAAAGUGUUUUUUUAAAGAUUUUGUAAGAGUCGUUUUCAGUGUUCAAAUUAGUGCUAUUUUUUCUUCUUUUUAAAAAUGAAUCUUGUACUGUAUCUUACUACGUCCAUAAUAGAUAUUAAGAAUUGGAACAGUUUUUUUCUUAGACUCAUGUGAUCCAAUCUUUAUAUACCAUAUAUAAACAUUUUACACAAAUCAUUUAGUUUUUUAAUUCAUUUACUAAUGCUAAAAAAUUUCCUAUAUUUACCCCCAGUAAUGUGCAUCAGAUGGUGUAUAUACUAAAGCAACAUGCUUUAAUGAAUUUCUUAUAUUCUUAUCUAUGGGGACAUUGGGUCCAGGAAAAAAUACUUAUAAAACUGAGUUUACUCCAUACUGUUUUUGCUUGGAUAUUAGUUAUGUACCAAUAGUAUGUUAACUGUCCUCUUAAAAUCAAGGUACCUGUAUUUUUAACGCACAAAUUCUUUUUUUUAACUGGUAAAGAGAAAGAUUUGAAGUCUUUACAUUGGUGUUACAAUUUUAGAAAGGUAAAGUUAGUUUUAUUUACAAAUCUCAUAAAUUGUAAGGGAAAUGGAAGCAGAAAUCCAGGAAGUUGUGUUUGCUUAAAUGCUGGGUGUGUUCUCAGAUUGGUAAUGCAACAGAACUUAUCUGUUCACAUCCUGAAAUGAUUUAGUAAGGUCGCUUUCUGGACAAAAGAGUGUCACAGAGAUUUCUCCACCCUAUAUGGUGUUCUCUUAGAUUGUACAACAAAAAACACGUAACUGAGGACAUCUUAGGACAGAUCAAAACCACUGACAGAUGGCAAGACUCUAACAGUCUGAUUUUCCUUGUUAAAUCUGCACAACUCCGGGAGUCACAGGCAAGUACUAAAGUUUUGUUUGUGCCCCUUAAGUCUUAUGAAUUGUAUCUGAUAAAACUUUGAGUUGAACGAUUUCACUUUUUGCACAUACAAAUCUUACUUUCCCCACACACUCUGGCUGCCCUGCGAUGCUCACCCUGCCCUUUUCAUUGUUUGAAAGACUGGGAAUUCUAAAUGGUUAGACACCAUAAACUGACUUCUUUUUCUAGGGAUGACUGUGCUCUCUAAAGUUGGCAGUUGAAAAAUGACAAUAUUCUACUUUUAGCCCAAAGUAAAGGCUGGGUAGGAAAUCCUUCUACACUGGGUAGGUCAUAAUAACUGUGGCAAGAUGACUUCUCAUGGGCAUUUUUGGUUUCCUUCUUCUCCAUGUCCUGUGGGCCACUGAAGGACCCUUAGUGGUCUACAAAGUGGACUGGAGUUUUGGUUGUUACCUCUAAGCUUGGAUGGGAUAUCGAGGGUCCAUUCGAGUAAGCCCUCCAAAGACAACAUUCACAUAACCUGAGAGAAUGUCAUAAAUUAUUUAGAUAAUGAUGACUUCAUUAACCUGCCUCAGUGUAGCAUGCAUUUACAUAUGUCAUAGCUUUAAUUACCAUUUGGUUCACAAGUGAGUGACAUGAGAUUUAACAACAAAUUUAAUUAAAAAAAAGAAUUGUUGACAGUGGUAGUUAAAAAAAAACAGGUACCACGUUCAAUGCUUUUGCACCAGAUGUUUAAGAAGUUGUCUAUUUUUAAUACAUGUAGACCAUGAACCAUAUUCAGACCAUAUUCAGUCCAAUUUUUCAAACUGUAGGUUGUGGAAAAUAUUCCUUGAAGAUGUGAGAACUAGAAAUUUUUUUCCUUUUCAUUAUUGUUUUUAUUUUUGUGUUUCUUCUUCUUUUUCUUUUUUUUUUUUUUUGCAUUGAUAGAAAAGUGAUAAUUUGUAAUACUAGCCAAAACUGUCUUCUCUUUCAAACCAGAUCCAUAUAUGGGGCCUGUUGCUUCUCUGAGGAAACGUAUAAUCUGAAUUCUCAGACAAAAUGGGCGACUGGCAAUGCUCAUAACAUAUUCCAAUUUUUAUUGGAAUUUUCCAUGGAAUGUUAUUACAUUGAAGCCAUGUAAGGUGAAGCUUUGAUAAUUUUUUACUUUUUAAAUUAUGGUAAGUUCUAAUCUAAUAUUCAAAACAUUUUUGUACUCCACAUGAAACAUGCUAAAGUAUAGUGCAAGUAUUUAGAAAAGCAUUGACUGGAGGGGUUGAAUUCUGUAAGAAUUUCUUUUAUAGUCUCAAUCAUAAGUACUCAACUCAAAUUUCUAAAAUAAUAAACUGAAUAUUUUUUAUUGUAAACCUAGCAGAGUAAAUCCUUUGGUAUUUUUUUGUUUGUUUGUUUUUUCCUUACUAUAACCCAUUUAAAAACUGAAUUAGUUUUCUUAGAUGACUUAAGUCUGUCUCUUGAGAAUAAAUAAAAUACUCUUGUGUAUUCAGUGGCUAUAGUACCUGAAAUUGGGUUUCUUAGAGCCAGAAACAAGUUAUAUUGAAAUUAACUUUUCUUUUUAUAAUUUUGGAUAACAAAAAUCUAAAAGUAUUGAUGUUUGAAGAUUUAGAAUCUCUACUGGGGCCCUUGAAACUUAGAUGGAAAAAAAUCCAAGCAGAACAUCUACAUUAGACUAUAAUCUUAUGUGGUAGAAAGAUAAAUAGCUGACCAAGAAUUCGUGUCACCUGAUACAUUUUGUGGGGUUUUUUUUCCCCACAAUUUUUUUUUGUAUUUUAAAUGUGUUUUGAAGUAUGUGAACAUUAAUUGUAAACUGUUAUACAACUGUCUUUGUGACUAUAGGCAGGUGAAUUUUGCUAUUACUAUUGAAUACAAAGGAUGACAAUUCAUUUAUGACCACUCAAACAUCAUUCGUGACAUUUAAUGACAAAAGUUUAAGAUGUCCAUUGUGGAUGUUAAUUGUGAAGACAUAAAUUGUAUGUUACUAAAUUUUUCCACACAUGAAAAACUUGUAUCUGCUGAACAGUAUAAGAUUCCCACAGAGCUCUCUGGGAUUAUGCACUUGUUGAAAACAUUAUAUGCUAAGUGAUAUAUACCAUUGAGCCAUUUUCUCAAAAUAGAAGGAGAAAGGGAAAAAAAAUCAUAACAAUUAUGAGACUUUUCUAAUGAAACAGAAAGCAAAAAAAAAAAAAAAAAUCCCUCUCUGUUUUACAAAAGACAUUUCAGAUAUGCCCAAACUUUUUAAGUGAGAGUUUCUUCAACUGUCUAAACACCCCAGAGAUUCUUGUUCUCCCUGUUCACAACCAGUUGUAUAAUAGACAUACUCGAUAACUGUUUUCCUCCCUGUGUGUGAAGUAAUGAAUCAUUGAUUAUGUGACUUGUUAUGUAUUCUAUUAAACACUAAAGAAUAAAACAUUCACUCCUUUAAUUA